CGGGCAGGCAGGAGGUGAGUCCAGCGCGAGAGGACGCGCGAGGCAGCCAGCGGCGAACGCGGAAGGGAGUCUCUUUUUCAGGAGCUUGGAUACGGCCGUCCGGCGCAGGGCCUCGAAGGCAAGGCGCCGGGGAGGAGGAGCCGCUUCAGCCCCAGCCUGCGUGCGUCAGGUCCUGCGGGCAACUCGGCAAAGUUCAGGGAAGGCAGGAAAGCGGCGCCUUUGAGGCGAGAGAAGAAGCGAGCCCAGCCCAGCCCGGAGCGAGGUCGGAGGCGGGGGUGGGUGGCUGUGGGGGGCUUUCCCAGUCCUCGCUUUCGAGGGCGCGAAGGCAUCUCCCCGGGGGAAAAGUUUCUGGCGUGGCCGGGAGCGGACGGCUGGACUGAAGAAGCGGGGUCCCAUGGAGGGACGGGAGCUGCAGGAACAGCCGCCCGAGCCGGAGGGACGCCAAGGCGUGCAGCCCUGAGCGGCGGCGCACGGUUCCUCGGGGUCUCCAUGGGCGCGGGCGGCGUGCCUUAGGGAGGCAGGCGGGCGCCCGCCUCGGUGCCGUCAUGGCCAAAUGGCUGAACAAAUACUUCAGCCUGGGCAAUAACAAGACCAAGAGCCCUCCGCAACCGCCCCGUCCGGACUAUCGGGACAAGCGGAACGGCACGGCGGGAGCCGGAGGCGGAGGGCAUCACAACCAUCACCACAACCACCACCACCACACGUCGCCGUGCUUCCCGCGCCACGACACCAGCGACCUGCUCCGCGCCUACCGCGCUCAGAAGGAGCGCGACUUCGAGGACCCUUACAGCGGGCCGGGCUCGUCGCUGCGCAAACUGAGGGCGCUCUGCCGAGCCGAGUAUUGCGCGCCGGAGGAGCUGCUGGUGGAGUCGGCCGGUCCCAAGCCCUUCUCGUCCUCGUCCUGCUGCGGCGGCGGCGGCGGCGGAGUUAGCAGCGGCGGGAGCAGCGCCGCCGUCGCCCCCACCCCCUCGACGGCUUCGGUUUCGCCUCAGCUCUUCCGCAGCCACAGCGAACGCCGCGCUGCCACCCCGCCCGACUCCGCGUCGGUCAAGUACAUUUCCCCUAAGCACCGGCUAAUCAAAAUAGAAAGCAACGAAGGCGGUAAGGGCGGAAGCGGCGUCCCCAUCACCUGGAGCCCGCCGGGAAUUGGCGGAGCCGGAAAAAAGAAGCUCAACAAGUGUGGCGAACAAGGGGAGGGCGGCGGUGGCAGCGUCUCUUUAACCAAGAAGGAGAAAGUUUUAAUAGCUGAUGACUACUCGGAUCCAUUUGAUGCCAAGAGUGAAGUCAAUAAAAUGGGCAAAGGAGAAAACACUGGCUAUAUGGAACCAUAUGAAGCUCAGAGGAUCAUGACAGAGUUACAGAGGCAAGACUGUGUGAAGCCCCAGCAAAAAGACAUCCAGCUCUAUGACACACCUUACGAACCUGAAGGCAAUGGUGUGGAAUCUGAUUCAGAAAGUGCUGUGAGUCAACGCCUGAGAGAGAGCAAGUUGCCACAGGAUGAUGAUAGGCCUGCAGACGAGUAUGACCAGCCAUGGGAAUGGAAUAAGGUCACCAUUCCUGCUUUGGCAGCCCAGUUCAACGGAGGAGAGAUAAGGCAAUCUUCACCUUCUCCAUCUUCAAGUGAUCGGCGCCGACAGCUUCGGGCACCUGGGGGAGGCUUCAAACCUAUCAAACAUGGUAGUCCAGAAUUCUGUGGAAUCUUGGGGGAGAGAGUGGAUCCAACUAUUCCACUGGAAAAACAAAUAUGGUAUCAUGGAGCAAUCAGUCGGACAGAUGCAGAAAACCUCUUGCGCUUGUGUAAAGAAUGUAGUUAUCUAGUGAGGAACAGCCAAACAAGCAAGCAUGACUAUUCACUUUCUUUAAAGAGUAACCAAGGGUUUAUGCACAUGAAGUUGGUAAAGACCAAAGAGAAGUAUAUUUUGGGUCAGAACAGCCCUCCCUUUGACAGCGUGCCUGAGGUGAUUCACUACUACACUGCAAAGAAACUGCCUGUCAAAGGAGCUGAACAUUUGUCACUCCUGUACCCUGUAGCUGUCCGGACCUUAUAAUUGUUCUACACACGCUCCUUCCUGUGGAUUGGAGAUGAAGGCUGCAGCAGCAGAAGGAUCCUUGCAUCAGCAAUCGCGCAGCAUUUCUUGGAAACAGAGGGCCCCUUUGGGUCUUUCCAGAAACAGACUGUUGUAUAGUAGUAUGAGUGGAAUUGUUGCACUACUUUGCAUGUCCUGUGUGGAAACGUUGGCUUCUAUUUAUAUGAGAGAAAAUGGAUUCAGACGUUAGAAGAAAUUGCAUCUCCCCCCCCCCCCCCAGGAAUCCCACCCUCCCACGCUCCCAGGAAUGGAAAUCUUGCCAAACCCAAAGAAAGCUCUGGAAAACUUUCUGCCUGUGGCCCACAACGUGUUCCCACCCUGGCUCUUUGGGGGGUGGGGG